AUGGCACCUAUCGCCAUCUUCCUGUCCCUUCUGCCUACAUGCGCACUUUCGGGGAAGCGACCCAACAUCCUUUUCCUGAUGACCGACAGCAUGGAUGGCCGCGUUAUUGAUCCUCAGGCCACUCAAGCGCAGGCUGUUGAGUUACCCUUCCUCCGUGAUUUCCUCUCAUCGGAAGGUACGAACUUUGUGCGCACCUAUGUGAACAGUCCGCAGUGCGUGCCAUCUCGAACAAGCAUGUGCACUGGAAGGCGGACGGACCAGAUUCAAACCUGGUCGAACGAGAAGGGCUUGGCAGCAUCUCUUGAUGGCACUCUGGAUGACGGGUGCGUGUCGUUCUACGGCAAGGAUCAGUGUGCGAGCUGGGCGAAGCAGCAGAACUAUUCUGAGACUAUCUUCACCGGCUUGGCGAAAUUAGGCUAUGGGGUAAAUCUAUAUGGCAAGAUAGAUAUCGGAGCUGCGAUAAUGAAUGACAAGAAGGUGCGAGCAACCACUGCGGCUCUGGGCUGGCACACUGGUCCAAAUCUUCAGAUUGUCACUCGCUCUGCUGAUAUCCGGCGGCCAACGAAGCAGAGGCCCUUAGAACUCACCAAGGAAAACGUUGACCACGUUCACCCUGAGGAUUGGCAAACUGUUGAACGUUGUCAGGAAUGGAUCCAGAAACUGCCUCCUGCUGAGCAGAAUGCUGAACCAUUCUUCCUGUACUGUUCGCUGGAUAUUCCCCACCCUGCGUUCAAGACGAACGCAACAUGGCUGGCCAAAGUCAAGGAAGACAAGAUCGAGCUUCCGCAAUGGCCACAAGGAUUUCCACAGAGCUGGCACCCAUACGACAGUUACAUGUCCAUCUCCAAGCAUGUGGAAGAGAUGAACUACACCACUGAGGAGAUUAUGAAAGUUCGCAAGACUUACUACGCCAUGUGUGCCGAGGCGGACUAUCUUCUGAAUCGAGUUUGGCUGUCCUUAACUGCAAAAGGCUAUGGCCUUAACAACACCUUCCUCGUGUACGUAUCCGACCAUGGUGAGAUGAACAUGGAGCAUCGCCAGAUCUGGAAGAACUCCAUGUACGAGGCCUCCACCCGCGUGCCAUUUGCCAUUGCCGGUCCUGGGGUUGCUAAGGGACACCGAGUGACACAGCUCACCUCGUUGGUGGAUGUGCUGCCAACCCUGUUGGACAUGGGACAAGAAACGAACUGGGACCGCCAUGUCGGACUUGCCGGGAAGAGUGUGCUUCAACUUGCAGGUGCUACCUCUUUUGCCCCCGCUCAGUUUGUCGUGACUCCCCAAGAGCCUCGCGCUAUCUUUGCGCAGUACCACUCCAACAUGGCGAACACUGGCUCGUACAUGGUGCGUAAGGGCCCAUGGAAGUACAUCAGCUUCGGCCACACGUUGGCCGCUUUCUCGCCGAAAGUGUACACUCCUCUCCUGCUUAAUGUCGAUGAGGAUCCCAGUGAGUUGCAGAACCUCGCUGCGCAAAGAGGGCAAAUCGUGGAGCAGCUCGAAGCAGAGCUGCGCAUGCUUUUGGAUCCUUCAGAGAUUGAUAGCCGGGCCAAGCGUGAAGAUUUCCACAUCUACAAGCGCUUCUUCGGUUCUUUGUGCCAGGAUGAGCUCAGGAAAAAGCUCAAGGCAAAUUACCAAGGUUUUGACGAUGGAGAUUUUGAGAAGCUCCAAAAGUGGGCCAAGGAGAUAUCAGCGACACUCCCCCCCGAGGGGUCCCCGACAACGUUUGUGGUUUAA